AUGUCCGCCGCAGUGCUCCCCUCCGUCGCCCCCGCCAGUGACUCCGGCGGCCACCAUGGCGCCCUCACCGCCGAUCGCGCCGCGUCGCUCCUCGCCGCCUGCUCGACCGCCCGCCGCGCCUCCGAGCUUCACGCGGCCGUGGUCCGCAAGGGCCUCGACAGCGACCGGGCCGUCGCCUUCCGCCUGCAGCGUGCCUACGCCGCGUCCGGCCGCCUCGACCACUCGCUCACCCUCCUCGGCCGCACCAAGGACCCCACUACCAUCUUCUACACCUCCGCCAUCCAUGCUCACUCCUCCCGCGGCCUCCACCUCCCCGGGCUCGCGCUCCUCUCCGACAUGCUGUCUGAGGGUCUCCUGCCCACCGCCCACACCCUCUCCGCGUCCCUCCCCGCUUGCCGCGGGCUCUCCCUGGGUCGCGCCCUGCACGCGUACGCUUUCAAGCUGGCCCUCUCCGGCGACUCCUACGUCGCCACCGCGCUGCUCAGCAUGUACGCGCGGGCGGGGGACGCCGCCGCCGCUCGUGCUCUUUUCGACGAGAUGCCAGACCCGCACGUCGUGUCUGUCACGGCGAUGCUCACCUGCUACGCGAACAUGGGAGCGCUGGACGACGCGCGCAGGCUGUUCGACGGGUUGCCCAGGAAGGACUUCAUCUGUUGGAACGCGAUGAUUGACGGGUACACGCAGCACGGGAAGCCUAAUGAGGCGCUCCAGUUGUUCCGGCGGAUGCUGAGGUCGAGUGCUGAGCCUGACGAGGUGACCGUUGUGCUGGUGCUGUCUGCGGUUGCACAGCUUGGUACGGUGGAGUCAGGGAAGUGGCUUCAUUCCUAUGUCAAGAACAGUCGGUGUGUUCAGCUCAAUGUCAGAGUGGCCACGGCACUCGUUGACAUGUACUGCAAGUGCGGAAGCUUGGAGGACGCCGUCGCCGUAUUCCACGGCAUUGGUAACAAAGAUAUCGUUGUGUGGAACGCCAUGAUCAAUGGCUAUGCAAUGCACGGAGACAGCAGAAAAGCACUGGAGAUGUUUGUGCAAUUGCGGGAUCAGGGCCUGUGGCCGACAGAUAUCACCUUCAUUGGUUUGCUCAAUGCGUGCAGUCAUUCUGGGCUGGUUGAGGAAGGCCGCAGCUUCUUCCAGUCGAUGGAGCAUGAGUACGGCAUCGAUCCCAAGAUCGAGCACUAUGGUUGCAUGGUGGACCUUCUGGGUCGUGCGGGGCUCAUAGAAGAAGCAUUCCAUCUUGUGCAGAGCUUGACAAUAACACCUGACGCUGUCAUGUGGGUGUCACUGCUUGCUGCAUGCCGGCUUCACAAGAACAUGGCGUUAGGCCAGCGGAUUGCAGACUUCCUUGUUGCCAAUGGGUUAGCCAACUCAGGGAUGUAUAUCCUCCUUUCCAACAUCUAUGCAGCUGUCGGUAAAUGGGAAGAAGUGGCGCGGGUGCGCUCGAUGAUGAAGGCUAGUGGCAUCCAGAAAGAGCCUGGGUGUAGUGCUAUUGAGAUAGACCGCAAGGUAUAUGAGUUCGUUGCGGGGGAUAUGAGCCACCCCUGCACCGACGAAAUAUAUGCCAUGUUAGACAAGAUGAAUGGCCUUGUGAAGGAGCAUGGACAUGUUCCGCAGACAGAGCUGGUUCUGCAUGACCUGGACGAGGCCACCAAGGAGAAGGCACUUGCGGUCCACAGCGAGAAGCUUGCCGUUGCAUUUGGACUGAUAAGCUCGCGGCCUGGGUCGACGAUCAAGAUUGUCAAGAACCUACGGGCGUGCUCCGACUGCCAUGCAGUGCUCAAGCUGAUAUCCAAGAUCACUAGCAGGAAGAUCGUGUUCAGAGACAGAAACAGAUUCCACCAUUUUGUCGACGGGUCCUGCACUUGUGGAGAUUACUGGUGAUGCCGUUAUGGCAUCUCAAACAUUAUGCACGGUUUCAGUCAAGCCGAUGAGCUUUCCUCCUGAUGCACAGGCACACUGAUUUGAGAAACUCUUUGAUGUUUCCCAGCUAGCAAAAUUGUAUUUAUGAUGUUCCACAACAUACCUUUUGCAUUUUGCUGAAUUUUAAGCAUUCUUAAUUUGAGUGUA